CUGCCGAGGGCGUGAGAGGAGAAUGAGACACUGAAUCCUGGAGAGAAAUUCGGGAUCCGGGAUUGGAGAAGGCGGACCGCUGAUGCGCUUGUGUUUGCUCCUUUAUUCCAAGGCUGAUGUUCAGCGGUUUAAAUAUGGAACUCCGUGUUUCUCGAAUCUGCCGCGUUUUACAGUGGGAUUUAGACAUCGUGAUCAGGAUUAAAACCUGAAGGCAGGCGUCAGUGCGAAUCAGCCCUGUGGACGACAGAACCAAGCAGCAGUCUGUGGAUGGACACCAGAUACACCAUGACCCUGACCAGGAUAAAGUGAUUACUGAUUAUGAAAUUCAUGAACUAGCGAAUCCAAAAGACAAGGCUUCAAAUCCAGGCCAUACAACGACCAGCACCCACCAAAGGUCACAGCUUCGAUCAAUUCCAGAGUGGCUGAACCAGAAUGAAUUUAAGCUUGUAAGGAUCUCAUAUAAAUAUAAUUUGCUCUAACUCUGUCUACAUGGAGCCAGGGCCGACCAGCUAUGCCAUGGAGUUAAUGUGGUCCAGCUGACAUAGAUGAGUGGAUCUGUGUAUAUCAGGUGAGGGUUUGCCUCAGCCAAAGAAGAUAUGUGUGCAAACAUUUCAUUACACAAUCUUAGAGGCACUGACUUAUAUGAAAUACACAGCCAUUGAGGCUGUUAAAGCUUGGAAAAUACUGAGCACACACACACCAGACUCCAUGAUAUUCCUAGAUAUUCCCAGUUUUCAUUACAAGCAUUGCACAAAGACAUCAGCAUCAGUGGAUUGCUAGAACUUUGCUAAAUAUGAAAUAGGCAUUUAAUAUAUUAUGUUUUUAUUUAUUUUUUAACCAGGAGUAAUAUUCCUGUUAUGUUUUAUUUUUUUGUGAGGUGGGAGCAAUAGAAUCCUCACUAUGGUUUUGCCUCCCCCUGACAAGCAGCACGUGUGUCUAACUACCAUCGUCAUCAUGACCAGCAUGGCUGUCAUGGAUGCUUACCUGGUGGAGCAGAACCAGGGUCCACGUAAGAUUGGAGUUUGCAUUAUUGUAUUGGUAGGGGACAUCUGCUUUCUCAUAGUUUUGCGCUAUGUUGCUGUUUGGGUAGGGGCUGAGGUGAGAACUGCAAAGCGCGGCUAUGCCAUGAUCCUCUGGUUCCUUUAUAUCUUUGUUCUAGAGAUAAAACUUUACUUUGUUUUUCAAAACUACAAGGCCGAGCGCCAGACUGUAGAGACUGUCACUCGGAAAGCUUUGACUUUGCUGCUUUCAGUUUGUGUUCCAGGGCUGUAUUUUGUCCUGGUGGCCUUAGAUAGUAUGGAAUACGUGAGAACUUUUCGGAAGAAAGAAGACAUGCGAGGUCGAUUGUUCUGGGUGGCACUGGACUUGCUGGACGUGCUGGACAUCCAGGCCAACUUGUGGGAACCGCAGCGAACAGGACUGCCCAUCUGGGCAGAGGGACUAAUGUUCUUCUACUGUUACAUACUUCUGCUGAUUCUGCCAUGUGUGUCUCUCAGCGAGAUCAGUAUGCAGGUUGAGCACAUGUUCCCAAAGAAGAUGAUGCUUUACCCUGUUCUCAGCCUUGUCGUCAUUAAUAUUGUUACGAUUCUCAUCCGUGGGGUCAACAUGGUGCUUUUCCAAGAUAGCCGCGUCUCCACCAUCUUUAUCGGCAAGAACAUAGUGGCCAUAGCCACCAAGGCCUGCACAUUCCUGGAGUAUCAUCGGCAGGUUAAGGAGUUCCCGCCACAAGACCCUGUAACUAUCGCUAUGGAGAUACAGCAGAACUCAGGGCCACACAAUCAAAAGCUGCCAAAUCCUACUACUAGCUUCCCAGAAGAGCCAGCACCCCCCCAUGAGAUCAUUGACACGUGACUGAAGCUGACACAGACUUAAAAUCUUAGAGCCAAUUCUCACUGUAAGCAUUUUGGAGUGUUUUUGAAGUUGUCUAUCUUAAGCUUCAAACCACACCUGUCUGUCCUGUACAGUAACUAUAAUUAUAAGCAAACUAUAUUUAAAAUCCCAAACAAUGUACUUGCAGGGCAAAGUAUGUGGUAAUGGGAUACAUUAAACCAACAUAAGACACUAGAAUAGAAUAAACACAAAUGUAUGUUGUUUAUUCACUUUUCCAUUUUCUUAUGUCAUUGAUUAAAUUGCAGUUUAAUUUCAGCUUGCUCAACUUCAACUGUUCCCAGAUUCACGUGCCAUCAACAUUUUUGUAUGUAUGGUUGUUAAAUUUAUUCAUAAAACCAAAGUGUGCUGUUGAUCUAUUCCUACUGGUAGAACCGACCAAGCUGUGUCUGUGUGGGUUGCUCAGAAGGUUCCUUACACUACACACACUUCUUGUUUAUCUUUCAUGUCCAGUUUUAAUUCUAGGUUAGACUGAUUGUGUUUGGUCCUUGAGGAAUAUUAAAUACUGGUUAUUGAGGCCGGUGAAGUAGUUCCUCUCUCCUCACCCUGUUUGACUAGACAGCUUCGAGUAUGAUGCAGAACUUCCUGUUUAAAAUUUUUUAUUUCACUGCUUUAACUCAAAGCAUGCCCCAAGCAAAUUAAUGAUUUGAGGCCAUUCACUACCAAAAUGAAAUGUAUUAGGGAUAAUUAAUCAUAUGAAUCUUUUAAUCAGACUGAAGCAGCAUUAGUACUGUAACUGUAAAGGGGACAGAAUGAUUCUAAUGACAUAAAUAGAAGAAUUGUUUCAUUUGAAAGAGCAAAUAUUUGGCAUGCCAAUUACACAUGCAUCCAUAACUAGUGUGUUAAUUAGGGGAUGCUUGUCAGGGCACAAAAAAGUCUUGAAGUCUGAAUAAGUUCCUUACAAUGUGAAUUGUGCCACAGGAAAGAUAAAAUUGCCAUUUAAAGAAUUCUCUAGAUUUGAUGCCUUUUGGUUGCCUUAGUAUGCUUCAUUACAGAACCUCUAUAGUACUGUACUGUACCUUCACAUAAAAAAAACAACCUUCAAGUGAUUCAUAUGGAUUGCCAAUUUACAGAAAAUGAUCAAUAGUUUACAUGAUGUGUGAUAAAUGCAGGUGGAAUAUUGUUGCCACAUGUCAAUGCAUUAUACUUGAUAAACUACAGGAUGUCCUAAAAGUUUCCAUACACAGAGGAUUACGUUUGCCAGCACCACGUCAGUUGUGCCUUCGUCAGCGGAUAUUCAUGGAGGUUUACUUCUCGGUUGGUCCGUAAUACUUCUUUUGGAAUUUGUUAAGUUUGGCAACAGUGUCCAAUAUGUGAUAUGCUUACCAUGUUUCCUGUUAAGUCUGUCGCAAUCUUGCAACAGCUUCCCGAUCCAGCCAUGAGAAUGACUUUGUAUUUGUAUUUCCAAACAGAGUCUAAGUUGAUUAAGAUUUAGUUCACACAGUAGCGUGAAUCUGAAUUGCUUCUUAAAUUUGAGUCAUAGACCAAAACAAAGAAAGAUGAUAAGCUAUAAUGAAGUAACACUUCAUGUGAAUUCAGACUGGACUGGUCAUAUAGCGGCACGUGUCCAGAAAUACAAAUUUUGUUGGAUUCAAAAACAUAUAAAAAUGUAGGACUUUUUGCAGUUCAAAUUUCAGAAAAUAAUUGCAGAAAAUUAUGUAUUGAGCUGGCUGUCUAAUAACAUAGUUCAUGUUUGUAUAUAUGUGUGUGAGGUGUGAGAUGAUGAUGAUGGUGAUGUUGAUUAUUAUUAUUAUUUCAAUUGCUUCUCAAUUAAAAAAAAUAACUUUUAAGAACAUAAAAACAUUGUUCAGAAUAUACUGCAACUGCAACUCCUAUUUCAUUCUACAUUCCAUACAUUCCAACAUUUUUAGCCUUUCAAACUGGAAGGCAGUGUGUAGAGCUGACCAAGAGAUAAAAUACACUUUUACUCCCUCUUCUUUCUCAGUCUACCAGCAGUGUCCCUCUUUCCACUUUCUGUAUUUUCUAAAAAGUACUAUUUUACUAAGUACUACUGUUUUAAUAUACUUUCUCAACUAAAAAUGAUAUCUGGAGUAAGCAGUCCCAAUAAUCCGUUGCUAUCACAAAAUAUUUAGUGGUAUGCAAUUGGAGUUAUAUUUAAUUGAGCUGACAUUAUAACCUAAAAUUAUGAAACAUUAUAUACCACAAAAUCAGUAAGAAAAAUGGUUUGAUAAACCUCAGUUUGGGUAAGAGCUUAA